AUGCCCCGUUCCACUUGUUCUAACUAUGAACCCGGUCUUAAUUGCAGUUAUCCUUUUCUAAAUCUGCUCGCUCGCGCGCUCGCUUGCUCCCUUAGGGCUGAAGGCGGCGGCUUUUUCUUCGUCUUGGGUACUGUAGAUGCCGUGGCCGUUUUUCUGGGGGGGUUUUUUUUUAGAUGCUCUUCAUCUUCCGAUGUAGCUGACGGGCGCCAAGCAAUUCACGCGGCAAGCGCCGUGCCGUCGCAGUCAGAAAAGCGAGACAACACUGAGCGGCCAUGGUCGAGGGAAUCAUCAUCGUCAUAGCUCCCAGAGAGGGGAUAACCGUACAUACGUACAUUGAUUGACUGCAUGCGUGUGUGCGCGUGGUGGGAAGCAAAGUCAAAUAUGGAAACGCUGCCUGGCUGCUCAGCCUCGCUAGGGAUAGCUGCAGCCAGGCUAUUAGGCUGCCUGCCUGUCUGUUUGCCUGCAACGCAAAUAGCCCGUCUCCUCCACCAGCCAGCCAGACAGCACGCCUGGGAGAAAUCAUGAUGCGGACGGCAUAUGUAUCGUGGAUGGAUGCAUCGACCGAGGUAGCUACCAGACAGCAUACACUUUGCUGAAGCGUCCAAUCAA